GUUAACGCCAUACCAAAACAUAUUCUUGAAGAAAACGAAAACAAACUAAAAAGCAAAAAUGGCUUUGCAUAAGUUUCCUCUCAUGGGGCUGCUUUUGCUCCUAACCGUCGUAGUCUCUCCGGCAAUAGCCGAUGGACCUGUUUGCCCGACGACGACCAAACUAAGCCGGGCAAGUUUCCCUGAAGGUUUUUUAUUUGGCACGGCUACGGCAGCAUAUCAGGUUGAAGGUGCAGUGAAUGAAACUUGUCGUGGACCGUCCUUAUGGGAUAUCUACUGCAAGAGAUUUCCAUCCAGAUGCAACAACGAUAACGGCGAUGUGGCCGUUGAUUUCUUCCAUCGUUAUAAGGAGGAUAUCCAACUAAUGAAGAAUCUGAACACAGAUGCCUUCAGAAUGUCUAUCGCGUGGCCAAGAAUAUUUCCUCAUGGGAGAAAGGAGAAAGGAGUGAGUCAAGCUGGUGUGCAAUUUUACCACGACCUCAUCGACGAGCUCCUAAAAAAUGGUAUAACUCCGUUCGUGACAGUUUUUCACUGGGACACUCCACAAGAUUUAGAGGACGAAUAUGGCGGCUUUUUAAGUGAAAGAAUUGUGAAAGACUUCCGAGAAUAUGCAGAUUUUGUUUUCCAAGAAUAUGGUGGAAAAGUGAAAAAUUGGAUCACUUUCAACGAACCAUGGGUUUUCUCCCACGCUGGUUAUGAUGUAGGCAAGAAAGCACCAGGACGUUGCUCAAAGUAUGUCAAAGAAGAAUGCCAAGAAGGACGAUCAGGAUUCGAGGCUUACCUCGUCACUCACAAUCUCCUUAACUCUCACGCAGAAGCCGUUGAAGCUUUCCGACAAUGCGAAAAGUGUAAAGGUGGUAAGAUCGGUAUAGCACAUAGUCCGGCUUGGUUUGAACCACAUGACAUUGCUGAUUCACAGGACGGUGCGUCCAUAGACCGUGCACUUGACUUUAUUUUGGGAUGGCAUCUGGACACAACUAUGUAUGGAGAUUAUCCACAGGUCAUGAAAGAUAUUGUUGGACACAGAUUACCUAAAUUUACCGAUGCACAGAAAGCAAAACUGAAAAACUCAGCCGAUUUCGUUGGGCUCAACUAUUAUACUUCAAUGUUUUCAAACUAUCUGGAGAAGCCAGAUCCUUCUAAACCAAGAUGGAUGCAAGAUUCUCUCAUUAACUGGGAAACUAAGAAUGCGUACAAUUACAGCAUUGGUAGCAAGCCUAUCACCGGUGCACUUCCCGUUUUUGCGAGAGGCUUUAGAAGUCUUUUGAAGUACAUCAAGGAUAAGUAUGGCAACCCCGAAAUUAUGAUAAUGGAAAACGGAUAUGGAGAAGAACUUGGGGCUUCAGAUUCAAUUGCAGUUGGUACAGCUGAUCACAACAGGAAAUAUUAUCUUCAGAGGCAUCUUUUGAGUAUGAAUGAAGCUAUUUGCAUCGACAAGGUGAAUGUUACUGGAUACUUUGUGUGGUCCUUGUUGGAUAACUUUGAGUGGCAAGAUGGUUACAAGAACAGAUUUGGACUCUACUACAUUGAUUUCAAGAAUAACCUCACACGAUAUGAGAAAGAAUCGGGCAAGUAUUACAAAGACUUCCUAAGUCAAGGUGUUCGUCCAUCCAUGAUCAAGAGGGAUGAGCUUUGAGCUGUUUUGAGGAUUUGUUUUCAUGUUUUAAUGUCUAUCUCUCUUUGUAUCCGUUUGUGAUUGACCAAGAUCGAUGAGGUCUUGGUUAUAACUUAUAAUAAUAAAGAAUUGUCUUUUUACUU